CUUCGCAUCUCUCCAUUCCUCAUGACGGGAUGACAACCCUUACGCCUGCCGGUCCACCAACAGAGUAUGGUGCGCUCCGCGCUGGCGCGCACUACGCGACCCUUGUUCUCGCCUCAAUGCUGGGCACGCUCAUCCGCCUGGGCUUCAAUGCGAUCGGUGAUUACAAUGGGAGCGUGAUCUUCCCACUCGCAUGGGCACAGGGAGUCGGCUGUGGGGUUAUGGGGCUUGGCACCGCACGCAAGCCCGAAGUCGCAUGGAUAUAUCCACCGCUUACGACCUUCGUGACGACCGGCAUCGCGGGCUCUACCACAACGUUCUCGUCUUGGAUGCUCGAGGGGUUUGAGGCGUUUGCGGAUACGCCUGCGGGCGGGUUCAGCAAGACUGUGAAUGGCGUUGCGUACUCGCUUGCAACCUUCGGUAUUUCGUACGCCGGAGUAGUGCUUGGUCACCAAGUCUCCUCCUUCCUCCCAUCGUUACCGCGCCCCCGGCUUCUCGGCAAGCCGUGCCGCCUUUCGCCAACGCCCGUGGUCGACGGCCUGAUGUUGCUCCUCGCUGCAGCCUCGUAUGCCGCAGCGCUGGCAAUGUACUUCGCUGCGCCGACGUACUGGCGGCGUCACGCGGUCUUUGCGCUUCUCUUGUCCCCACCCGGCGCCAUGCUGCGAUAUGGACUGUCGAGACUGAACUCGGGGAAGCGCGUCGAUGGGCGCUUCCCGCUGGGCACGUUCAUCGCGAACGCGGCUGCAACUCUCCUCAUUGGCGGAGCGUAUGCUGGCAUGCGCCGCCCCGCCGGCGUGGUGGCGUGCGACGCGCUGCACGCGCUACAGGAUGGGUUCUGCGGGUGUCUCUCCACCGUCAGCACCUUCGUUGUUGAGGCACGCACACUCCGUCGGGGGUGGGCGUGGGGGUACGUUCUCAGCAGCGUUGUGCUUGGACAUCUCUUGAUUCUCGCGACGGUUGGUGGAGUGCGCUGGACUGAGGGGCCCAUCGGCGUGUGUACCGGAAGCGACGCAGUGUAG